UAAGUUUAAUACCCAAAUAAAGGCAAAGUUAGCAAGCGGCUAAAAAAAUGGAGCAGAUGAAGAAAAAUAAAAAGGAGGCCAAAGAUGAAAAGCUCAAGGAUCAAAAAAUCGAGGAACAGAUCCUGAAAACUUUGGAAGAGGCUAAGACACCUGAAGAUAAAUUUCAACUACUACUUAACAAAUAUGUGGAAAGUGAACGCAUGUUAAGACGUUCCAAGCAGGAUGCCAAGGCACAAGAAAAACAGCUGGAGACACUGGGCAGAGAAAAGGAGAACCUACAAAGGGAAUAUAAUAAAAAUGUCUUAAUGAGAGACAAAUUGGAGGAGGUAUGCCGGGAACAGCAAAAGCUUAUAAAAUCGGUCAAAAACGAAAGCAUGCAAAAGAUCCGCGAGGAAGAAGAGCGCCGCAAGGAAAGCCAACUUAAAUUCCAAUCCUCCCUGAAUGACAUCAAUCAAUCGUUGAACAAGAAUAAUGAGGAAAAUAAUAAAUUACGUGAUCACAAUAUUGAGAUGGCCAAAAAACUAAAAUUCUUAGCCGAACAAUAUCAGGCACGUGAACAGCAGUUGGAGAAACUCAACGAACAAGUGCAAAUAGAAGCUCAGCUUUAUCGUGCCAAAUUGAAUAAAGUGCAAGUGGAGGCAGCCAUGGAAAAGGAAAUUCUUAUUAAAGAAAAACAAAUUGCCUUGGAGAAGUUACUAAGCAGCCAAAAGAUGUUGCAAGAAAUCUCAGAGCGUGAACGGGAUCUUAAGGAGCAGUUAAAUAUCUAUACUGCCAAAUAUGAUGAUUUUCAAAAUUCCUUGCAAAAAUCCAAUGACAUAUUUGCCACUUACAAAACUGAACUGGAAAAGAUGUCUAAAAAUUCCCGCAAAUUAGAAAAAGAAGCCCGCGAAUGGCAACGCAAGUGGGAGAAGAGUAAUGCCACCCUCAUUGAAUUGGCCACCGAAAAGAAGGAGCGUGAUGAUCAUGCCUUGCGUUGCAAUAAACAAGUGGAUCAAUUGCAAAAACUUUUGAGAGCUUUGCAAAAUGAACGCAGUCAUUUGUACAAAGUGAUUAAGGAAAAUAAUGUUGAAGUGCCACCAUUGCCUGCCCUACCGCCAGAGCCUGAGCCAUUGCAGACUAAACCCAUUACCAGUGUUGCCGACAAGGACAAAAUGGAAAUGAUGUCCAAGAAUUGUGCUGAGCUUAAGCAAACAUUGGCGAAUUUACAAAAUCAAAUGAAAAUUCUAAAUCUCAAGGGAGCUGAGGCCGAGGAACAAUGCAAACAAUUGCAAGUUCAGGAGGAAUCCAUUAAGAAGAAGCAAAAGAAGAAGCCCAAAUCGAAAAAACAUGACAAUUCCGCCAAUGCCAAUGCAAAUAGUAAUAAAGAAGCUUCACCCGCCAUAUCUGAGGAUGCUGCCAGUGUUAAGGAGGAGGAAAAUGGCACAUCAAAUGUUGCCAAUGCAAAUGGAGCCAUUGAAAAUGGAGCUUCCAGUGAAGUAAAAGAACAGGUGGUAGAUGUUACAGAAAAUGUGCAAGCAGAAGUAACUGAAUGCCCAGCAAAUGGCAGUGUAAACGAAGUUCCUGCCGAACCAGUGCCAGUUUCUAAUUAAUACUUCUUCUCAUUUAUUAUUAAAACUGUUCCUCUCUCUCUAACUCUCUCUAUCUCUUUCUCCAUCAUAUAAAGCUGUUCCAAAGUAGCCCUUAGCCUUGAUACAUUUAUUUAUAGAGUACUAGGUAUUGCUACAUUUUGGCCGUUCUUCGUUCAUUACUUAUUAACAUCAUGGAACUCAUACGAUAAUAUACCAAGCCCUUCAUUGUUCCAAGGGCUUUAAUCAUUGCAUACAUAUUGAUACAUGUAAACGUAUUUGUUUUUUCUCUUUUUUUUUAUUUUUUUUUUUAAUUUAUUUAUUAUUCAUGUUAUUAUAAAACAAUGAUUACAAAUAAAUUUUGUGUAUUUGUUUAAA